GAGUGCACCGUCAGCAUGAGCGCCACAUCAGCACUCUCUCGAGACGAAUGCCGCAAGAUCGUCAAGAAGCAGUUGCAGCGUGACGAUUUCGAACUGAUGUCAUUUACAAUGACUCCACUGAGCUCUCAGAUGAAGGGGCUCAUGGGCGAUCACCUGAAGCUGCGUGUAUCGGUAUUACUGGGAGAUAAGGAAAACCGAGACACCGAGAGCACCGAGCUACAGUUCUUCAUCAAGGCGGUGCCUGUAGAUGACGACUAUAGGAGGAAAUUCGCAGCGUCCGGUGUGACGUAUCAGAAGGAGGUACUGUUCUACAGCGAACUUCAGCGCGACGUGCAGAAACACCUGCGCUGCUCCGACCACGAGUCGUCUACGUACUUGGGCACCGUCCCCCAGUGUUACUACUUGCGGCCAGAUUUACUGGUGCUGGAGGACCUCGCGUUGGCGGGCUUUGGCGUGCUGGACUCCAAGGAACCGCUGGACUUAGAGCACUGCAAGUGCGUGCUGAAGGCGGUGGCUCGGUUCCACGCGGCCUCCCUCGUGUACGAGGUGCGCGAGGGACGGCGACUCGCUGACACCCACCCCCUGCUUCUGGAGGAGUCCUUCUACAGGAAGGAGCGGGGCUUCAGCCACUACGACGCACAGGCCGAAAGCCGCCGUGUUACACAUGUUCUACUGGACCUCAUACCUCGAUUCGCUCCAGGCACGGCUCACAAUGAGGAUCUACACCGUUUCGUUAACCCAGUCAUGGAAGAUGUCUACGAGCUACUGAAGCCAUCUGACAAGUACCGAAAAGUGCUGUGCCACAGAGAUUUGUGGUUAAACAACAUGCUGUUCGCGGAAGACGCCAAGGGCGAGCUGUCGGUGCGGUUGGUGGACUUCCAGACGCUGCACCUGGAACCUCCAGCACACGACGUCUUGCUCUUCCUCCAUCUGAACACGACGCGUGAGCUGCGGCAGACCCACGGGCGGAAGCUGCUGGAGCUGUACCACCAGUCACUGGCCGACGUGCUUCGUCAGCACGACCUCAACGUAGACUCCGUCCUUCCCCUGCACAUCUUCCUGCAGUCCUGCGACGACUCCAAGCCUGUGGCAGUUAUUAUCACCAUCUACAUUUUGCAAGCCCUCUUGCUGCCUCUACAACAGGAUGCUGACUUGGAGAGUUUCCUGUUGGACCGUACGCCUCUGGCGAAGGCCGCGUACGAGCGCGACGAACGCUACCGGUCGAGGAUGACGGAGGCCAUGGAGGAGCUGGUGGAGACCUGCCUCCUGCCCCGUCUACAGGAACACCAGCGGUGACCACCCAGCCGUACUGUUCUCUACCGCACUACAGAAGAAAUAUCUCAGACUCUACUUGCAUGAAUGCAAACAUAAUUUCUUACUUUCCGAUGUUUUUCAAAUAUUGUUUCUUGUAUUUGACUAACAUUUUACCCGCGGCUUCGCCCACGUACGCUCAUGUCACAUAUAUAUUCGACACACACAUAUCUGAAUCUGUGCUGUUUUACACCAUACGUUCCCAGCGAGUAUGUUAACUUCAUUUGUAGAAUUCAGCCGUGAGCCAUGAUCUUAGGUCCCGAAGUAUACAGACGAAAUCGUUGGUACGCUGCCAUGCUCACUCUCGCGACCUGGUUGACACGCUAGACAGCACGAGUAAGAGACAAAUAGCACAUCAUAGUUUUGAAGUAUUUCCAGUCAGCUUAAUAAAGGAAAAAAUAACAACUAA